GCUCUCUCUCUCUCUCUUUCCAAUUCAAUUCUUGACAGUUCACAAUUCUCAGAGCCGGGAGCCCCGGGUUCUGUUUCAUCUCCUGGAAAAAACCCUAUUUGACAUUCAGCAUUUCAGUAUUGUGGAUAUUAGACAUAUAGACCGACUCACACCCAAACAAUCGAUUUUCGGUUCGUAUUCUUAAUUUGCUAACCCGAGCAGCGGCCGGUACUAGAUUGAUUACUCAUUCAUUUCGCAAGUACGUGAUUCUCCUGAGGGAAAAAAAGUACUUAUUCUCCAAUUAUUACUCGUUGGUGGCUCUUUCUGUCUGAAUCUGUUGCGGUGGGAAUUAGGGUAGAGAGCAAUGUUCAGAAGCGUGAAUUUACUCUCUAAGCUGCGCUCUCGAAUUGGCGAGCAGCCUAGUCUCAAGAAUUCCGUUAGAUGGCUUCAGAUACAGAGCUCCUCUGAUCUUGACCUUCAUUCUCAGUUAAAGGAGUUGAUUCCUGAGCAACAGGAGCGCCUGAAGAAAUUUAAGGCAGAACAUGGAAAGGUUCAACUUGGGAAUAUCACUGUUGAUAUGGUUCUUGGUGGAAUGAGAGGAAUGACAGGGUUGCUGUGGGAAACCUCAUUACUUGACCCAGACGAGGGAAUUCGCUUUAGAAGUCUAACAAUCCCAGAAUGUCAGAAGUUAUUACCAGCUGCAAAGCCUGGAGGAGAACCCUUGCCUGAGGGUCUUUUCUGGCUUCUUUUGACCGGGAAGGUACCAAGCAAAGAGCAAGUAGAUGCUUUAUCCAAGGAAUUGCAAAAUCGUGCAAGCAUCCCAGAUUAUGCAUUCAAGGCCAUUGAUGCUCUACCUGUUACAGCUCAUCCAAUGACUCAGUUUGCAACGGGUGUUAUGGCCCUCCAGGUUCAGAGUGAAUUCCAGAAGGCAUAUGAAAAGGGAAUUCAUAAAUCAAAGUACUGGGAACCUACAUAUGAAGACUCUCUUAAUUUGAUUGCUCGAGUGCCAAUAGUGGCUGCCUAUGUGUACCGCAGGAUAUACAAAGAUGGGAAAAUCAUACCGCCAGAUGAGUCACUGGAUUAUGGUGGAAAUUUCUCGCACAUGUUGGGAUUUGAUAGUCCUACAAUGCAAGAGCUUAUGAGGCUUUAUGUCACUAUUCAUAGUGAUCAUGAAGGUGGAAAUGUUAGUGCUCACACUGGACACCUAGUUGCUAGUGCACUUUCAGAUCCUUAUCUUUCAUUUGCAGCUGCAUUGAAUGGUUUGGCCGGACCACUCCAUGGUUUGGCUAAUCAGGAAGUUCUGCUUUGGAUCAAAUCUGUAGUAGAUGAGUGUGGAGAGAACAUAACGUCAGAGCAGUUGAAAGAGUACGUCUGGAAAACUUUAAAAGGUGGAAAGGUUGUUCCUGGAUUUGGCCAUGGAGUUUUGCGUAAAACGGAUCCAAGAUACACAUGCCAGAGAGAGUUUGCAUUGAAGCACUUACCCAAUGAUCCGCUGUUUCAGCUGGUUUCCAAGCUUUAUGAAGUUGUGCCUCCUAUUCUUACCGAGCUUGGCAAGGUUAAAAACCCAUGGCCCAAUGUUGAUGCUCAUAGUGGGGUGCUGCUGAAUUAUUUUGGUUUAUCUGAAGCAAGAUAUUAUACUGUCCUUUUUGGUGUAUCAAGAAGCAUUGGGAUAUGCUCUCAGCUGAUAUGGGACCGAGCUCUUGGAUUGCCGCUUGAGAGGCCAAAAAGUGUUACAAUGGACUGGCUUGAAAAUUAUUGCAAGAAAGCAGCAUCACCGUGAAAAUUGGUGGUGUUUUGCGUCUAGUACUCUAAUGUUCAAACAAGCUUGGGGUUUUGCAACAGAUGAAGGGAUUGCCCGAUUACUGUCUGUGGUCAGAUUACGAUGAGCACGAUUAAUCUUUUCGAAAUUUCCGUGCCUUUUUACAUGUAUUUUUUGUAUUAGAAAGAGCAAUCAUUUUUCUGUUCUAUGAAUCUCUAGUUUGGUUUAUAUAUAAACCAACUUUGUGUGGUAUAAUAAGUGAAACUACAGAAAGCAAAGCGUACUUGGAGGCAUCUGAAUAAUAAUUGCUAUUAGACGUGAAUAGAGACUGUAUUACGUUAUUAUUUUAAGCCUUGGAGCAUCAGUACUGAACCUGCUAACGUUAAUAGAAAA